UUUGUUUUCAACUGUUAUUUGAUUUGAUUUUUUUUUCUCUAAUUUUAAACAAUCAAUCUAAAUUUCAAAAUGAUUAGAGGUAAAGCUGCUAAAACCAAAGUGAAAAACAAAGCGCCAGCAGAAAUUCAAAUUACUGCUGAGCAAAUUCUACGCGAAGCAAAAGAGCGAGAACUUGAAAUUGUUCCACCACCACCAAAGCAAAAAAUAUCCGAUCCAGAUGAAUUGGCCGACUAUCAACUGCGAAAACGAAAAGCAUUCGAAGAUAACAUUCGUAAAAAUCGUUCAUCAUUCAGUAAUUGGAUCAAAUAUGCAAAAUGGGAAGAGAGUCAGCAAGAGAUUCAACGUGCUCGAUCUAUUUAUGAACGUGCAUUGGAUGUCGAUUAUCGUAAUGUCAAAAUAUGGCUCAAAUAUUCACAAAUGGAGAUGAGAAAUCGACAAAUAAAUCAUGCUCGAAAUGUUCUUGAUCGAGCUGUAUUAAUCUUACCACGUGUCAAUCAAUUCUGGUACAAAUAUGUGUACAUGGAAGAAAUGCUCCAAAAUUUAUCUGGUUGCCGGCAAGUAUUCGAAAGAUGGAUGGAUUGGGAACCAAACGAACAAGCCUGGUUCACUUACGUUAAGUUUGAAUUACGUUAUAACGAGAUUGAUCGAGUCCGUACGAUCUAUUCGCGCUUUGUUACCGUGCAUCCUGAGGUCAAAAAUUGGAUUCGAUUCGCUCACUUUGAAGAACAACAUGGAUUUCUUGCAAAUAGUCGCGACGUGUAUGAGAAAGCAAUUGAAUUUUUUGGCGAUGAUUAUCUUGACGAACAUUUAUUCAUGGCUUUUGCCAGGUUUGAGGAAACUCAGCAUGAAUAUGAUCGGGUUCGUGUCAUCUAUAAAUAUGCACUGGAAAAGUUGAGCAUCGAGAAUAGACAAAAUAUUUUCAAACAAUAUUCAUUAUUCGAAAAGAAACACGGUAAUCGUUUCGAAAUUGAAGAUAUUAUUUUUAACAAAAGAAAAACUCAUUACGAAGAUGAGCUGAAACAGAAUCCUUUCAAUUAUGACCUAUGGUUCGAUUAUGUUCGCCUUAUGGAAGAUGAAGGUGAUGUUGAAAGGACAAGAGAAGUGUAUGAAAAAGCUGUGGCCAAUGUACCACUUAAAAAAGAGAAACGAUUAUGGCGUCGAUACAUCUAUCUAUGGAUAUAUUAUGCCAUAUACGAAGAACUUGAAAAUAAAGAUUAUGAAAAGACCAAAGAAAUCUACAAGUUUCUUCUUGACAAACUAAUUCCACAUAAAUCAUUUACUUUUGCAAAGAUCUGGAUCAUGGCAGCCAAAUUCGAAAUACGAAGAAAAAACCUGUCAGAUGCUCGUAAGAUAUUGGGAACUUCCAUUGGCCUUUGUCCAAAAGAUAAACUAUUUAAAGAAUAUAUUGAUCUUGAAAUUCAGCUACGAGAAUUCGAUCGAUGUCGUAUUUUAUAUCAAAAGUAUUUGGAAUAUGCACCACAUAAUUGUAUUACUUGGAUGAAAUUUUCAGAAUUGGAGAAUAUCCUCGGAGAAGUGGAUCGUGCAAGACAAUUGUUUGAAAUUGCAAUCGAUCAGCCAAAAUUAGAUAUGCCCGAAGUUAUCUGGAAAGCAUAUAUUGAUUUCGAAAUCGAAAUGGAAGAAUUUGACCGAGCUCGAAAUUUAUAUGAACGUUUAUUGGAACGUACGGAACAUGUCAAAGUUUGGAUCAGUUUUGCUCAAUUCGAAUUAUUGGCCAACAAAGAUGACCAUCAAUUCGGCAUACUACAGGCUCGAAAUAUCUAUCAACGAGCCAAUAAAUCGUUAAAAGAGAGCGAAAAAGAAUCCCGAUUAAUGUUACUUGAAGCGUGGCUAGAAUUUGAAACUCGAUAUGGUGAUGAAAAAUCUUUAGCUUCCGUACGUAAACAAAUGCCGAAAAAAGUCAAGAAACGAAGAAAAAUUCAAACGGAUGAUGGAACCGAUGCCGGAUGGGAAGAAUAUUUUGAUUAUAUCUUUCCAAAUGAAACUGAAAAUGCUGUUCAUCUCAAGUUUUUGGAAAUGGCCAAAAAAUGGAAACAGAAUCAACAGCAAGAAAAUACAUCUAACGAAUCAUCAUGAAAAUCGUUCCGUUAAGCUGAUUUACCAUAUCAAUGAUAUUGUAGUGUUUUCAUAAAUCAUCCAUUUUAUACAAUAUUGAAUAAAAUUCAUUUCGUUUUUCGCUUA